CUAUAAAUUGGGAAGAGCUUUCGUCAAUGGAGUCUUGGAGCUCUUCUUCUCUUCAGAGCUCAUCAAUGGCGUCUCCUCAGAGGAUCAGUGCUGCGAGAAAGCAUAUAGAAGAGAUUAGAAGAACCAAGUUCUCGAUUGGAGCUCCGGAGAUGAGCGUUGAGACCAAGGAACUCGUUGAUUCUGCUGAGAGACUUGCUGAGGAGAUCGACAAGGAUGGCUUCAGCUUCGUCCAGGAACUUAUCCAGAAUGCUGAUGAGAAUACAUACGCAGCUGAUAUAAUCCCUACACUAGAAUUCAAAGUCGUAACAAAAGAUUUGACUUUUAGUGGAUGUGCACAAACUCUUUUUGUCAUGUGCAAUGAUGUUGGAUUCUCAGAGCAGGACAUUGAGCGAAUUUGUAGUAUUGGCAAGUCAACAAAGAAGGCAAGAAGGCAUGAAGGUUUUGUUGUUCAGAGAGGAAUUGGGUUCAAGAGCGUACUUAAAAUCAGUUCACAACCAUACAUAUUUAGUAAUGGCUAUCGAAUCAGAUUUACUGAAACAACUGAUUAUAAGUGGCCAAUUCCCAUUGUUCCUGAAUGGGUGGAUUCUGACCUAAUUGUUAAAGCAGUAGAGAAUCAGUUUUCUCUCAGAAAGGAACAUAUAGGUACCAUUAUUGUUCUUCCUCUGAGGCCAGAGAAGAUGAAUUUUGUGAUUGGGCAAUUUGGUCAAGUACGAGGAGAGAAUUUGCUCUUCUUGUCCAAACUAGAACGGCUAGUGCUCAUAUAUUUAGAGCCUCCAUUUCCUUUUCGGUUUUUGUUAUUUAAGAUGGUCAGCCGAAAGACUAAAUACACUGUCACAAAUGAGUCACACACAAGCUCGUCGGUGGUCUCCCUCUCAAUCAAUAAUGGAGGUCAGUUAUUCUCCUGUGACUAUUACUUGUACAGGCAGAUAUUUCCUAUGAAACCUGAGCUCAGGAUUAAUGGAAGAGAACUUAUGGAGAAUGUUGUCAUUGCCAUGGCCUGUCCACUGGGACCGAGAUUGACUGAAGGCUUUCCUGUUGGCAUUUUCUCACAGUUUCCAUCGAGGAUAAUAACCAUAUUCCCAUUCCUGGUUCAGUCUGACAUUGUGCAAACUGACCCCAUGGAUAUAGAUUUUGACAGCAAAUGGAAUAAGGAGGUUUUCAAUAAUGUUCCUGUCGCAUUUUUAAAUGCCGUCAGGACCUUUGUGAACAAUGUGCAAAUGAGUAAGGAUGAGGCUGGAGCUCAUGUUAUUUGCUGGUUACCUGCUAAUGUACUCAGCAUUGGCAGAUCCAAGGAAGCAGAGGCUAUAAACUCUAUUAUGCUGGCAAUCCAACACAAGGUGAAAGAUUUAGCCAUAGUACCUUGUGAGUCAUUAUCUGAUGGAAAUAUUCAAUUUGCAAGGCCAUCUGAUGUGAGAAUGAUCUUACCUUGUUUUCGGAGAAUCCUGACCUGUUUGAAGUAUGAAGAGAUACAUCUGAGCCCAAUGCGACCUGGGGAGAAAUCACCUCUUUGCCAGCCUCUAGACAAUAAGGAAAAUAGGGGAAUUAUGGAGUAUCUUGGAGUGGACUCCUCAGAAUCCAACCCUGACUGGUAUGACAAAUGUAUACAAGAUUGCAACCUAGUGCAACAGCUCGACGAGGACAUGUAUGCUGUGUUCCUAUUGGCUUUGGCUUCAAACUGGAGUGUAUUGCGCAAAAGUGCAGUUGGUGACACCCCGAUUCUGAAGUACAUUGCAGAAGAUAACAAAGAGAAGCUCUUUAGUAUGAAUACUCUCAGAAAGGGUGAGGUCAAGCUUUGUUUCGCUGUGAAUGCUCGCGAGCAUGCUUGGAUCAGUCAAUGGCAUCAGAAAUUUGGUUUCCCAGGCAAUCUGUUGUUCUUGCCAAAUGAAAUCCAGGAUGUCAUCACAACUCACCGGAGAAGCAACAUCAUGUGUGCCUGGCUGAAUCUCGAAGCUAAUGUGUCGCAGAUACUCGUUUGUGAUUACUCAUGCAUCUUAAUUAAAUACCUACAGGAAAAACAAAACCUUGACUCCCUAAUACAACUCCCUCUUUUUCUCCAUGAAUCCAAGGUGAACAAUUUUCUCUGGGAGUCAGAGGUGUUUAGAUUUUGCCAAAAGAUGCCAAUAGUUGAUGAUUGUCGCAAUGUGCAUGUGGACCGAACUUUAACACUUGUUCCUGCAGCUGGCAGCAAAUGGAUGAAACUUUUUGGGUUCAACCCCUUUGCUGACAGCAAGUAUAUCCCCCUGGGGAGUUUUUAUAAUCAAAUUCAAGGAGAAACUUCAGACUUCAUGAGCUACUUGUGCAAGUAUACUAAUGCUGUUGAUUUGCCAGAGCUAUGGCCUCCAAAUGUAAAGUUACCAUGCACUUGCUCUCUUUUAACUGCUGAACAGGCCUUUAUAUUGCUUGACUGGCUCAAGUGUUUGAGAAAGAAGAAAGAUGUGGUGUUACCUGAAUUGUUCAUCGAGAGCAUCAAAGAUGGACAAUGGAUGAAGACCAUCACCGGUUGCGCUUCUCCGAAACAUUGCAUCCUUUCUACUCCGUACGAAGUCUCUUGCAGCGUUACCGCCUCCAUCACAUCCAUCGACAAAGAGUUUUAUAACAACAGACUUCAUCUUUACAAGGAUGAACUCGAAUUCAUCGGCGUCACUAUAAACUGCAGCACUAAAAAUCCCCAAGGAUGGAGCUAUUACCGUGUAAGCUUGCUUUUCUGAAAUUUAGCUACUUGAAUGAAUACUGACUGAGUCUCUCAGUUUCUUUUCAGUUUUAGUUUUAAUUGAUUCUUUAUAUGUUCUUCAUCAUCAUCUUCUUCUUCUGUCUGAAUUCUCAUAUUACAAACCGAGUAUAGUGAUUCAUUUACACACUAGAGAACCAUAGGGACAAAAAAAGUAAAAAAAAA